AUGGCGGUCGAAAUCCCCUCAUUCCUACAUCUCGCGCGCCCUCUUGCGCCCGCAGUAAUCGGUGUCCAGCCCACAACCGCACCAGUAAAUGUCAUAAUUCAACCCCAAGCAGUCUUCUCCAUCCUCGACCAUGCGAUCCGCCGCGACAUCCGGGACACGCAAUCUACACGUGUGAUCGGGGCCCUCUUAGGCGUACGCUCAGAAGAUGGCAUGGAAGUCGAAGUACGCAACUGCUUCGCCAUCCCGCACACCGAGAACGAAGACCAAGUCGAGGUCGACGUCGAAUACCAAAAGAAUAUGCUCGCCCUACAACUCAAAGCCAACCCGCGCGAAGUCCUGCUGGGCUGGUACACGACGAGUCUCGAGCUCAACAACUUCAGCGCGCUGAUCCAGAACUUCUUUGCUAGCCCAGAGACGGGCACGUUCCCGCAUCCCGCGGUCCAUGUUACAGUUUCGACGGAGCCAGGGAAGGAGAUUGAAGCCAAGGCAUAUAUCAGUGCACCCGUGGGAGUUAAUGCUGAACGGGCUGCGGAGAGCUGUCUCUUUAUCCCGGUCCCGUAUGAGAUCCGAUAUGGGGAGGCUGAGAAGAGUGGACUCGAGUUAAUUUCUGGAGCGAAGGACAGCGAGAACCGUGCUGCACCAGUCGUUUCAGAUAUCGAAGGGCUGGAGCGGGCUGUUGACCAGACACUAGAUCUGUUGGAUCGGGUUGCUGAGUACGUUAGCUCCGUGAUAGAUGAGGAGAGAGAGCCUUCGAAUGCGUUGGGACAGUUCUUGAUGAAUGCAUUGUCGCUGGCACCGAAAGUCGACCCCCAGGAUAUCGAGCGCGAUUUCAACAACCAUAUCCAAGAUGUGCUUGUUGUUUCGUAUCUUGCAAACACUAUCCGGACGCAGAUCGAUUUGUCUCAAAGAUUGGCAACCGCUACUCUGACCAUGGGUGGUUCAGACGCUCUUGCAGCUACAGGUGGUGGAGAAGGUGGCGAGAAGGGAGAGCGAGGUGGCCAAAGAGGCGGAAAGCGUGGCGGCAGAGGUGGCAGAGGUGGAGGACAGCAAAGGGAACCUAGAGAACCUACCGAGUAA